GAAAAAGAAAAUACUUUGUCCCAAUCUCCAAGUUUUAGUCUCAAGAUCUGACAUAGGAAUCCGCUAAUGGCUUAUGAUUAACUAAUUUUAGCAAACUCGCUGAGAUAAAUAGCAGCAAAAAUCUCACUCCUACGUGUCUCAGCCACAAAUAUCUUCAUUCUCCCAAGCCAUUCAACAUUUCUGAUUCAAUUUUAUAGCACUCACAUUACACAGAGAGAGAGAGAUAGUGCUUCCUCACUUUCUAGAGCUCUGGGAUUUUGAUAAUUUCUGCAAUUUAGUCAUUGCAAAAAUUUGCAAUGGACUACCCAUUUACGUUGCCAUGCAAAUUCACUUCUAGUUCAAGUGUUAUUGCUUCAAGAAAUAAUCUUAUAUGCCCAAUAAAUAACACCCCAUCAAAAUCCUUCUCUAAGAGAGCUGGGAUUCUUGGUCCUGAUGGAAAAAAUCUUGGCUUUUUUUCGAUUAGACCUCUCAAAAGAGGGGAUUCUGCUAAAAUGACCGUUACUGCCGUUUCUUCGGUUGAACCCAGGGAAGGAAUGAAGGAAGAAAAGAGAGAAGAGAAGCAGUCUAAGAAGUUGGGUGGCGAUAAGGUGAGGUUGAAGCUCAGGCUAGACCACCAGGUCGAGUUUGGGGAGCAUGUCGCAGUGUUGGGGUCCGCUAAGGAGUUUGGGUCGUGGAAGAAGGAGGUGAUGAUGACAUGGACAGAGAGUGGAUGGGUUUGUUGUAUGGAUUUGAAGAGACCCGAGGAGGCCGUGGAGUAUAAGUUUGUGAUAGUAGGUCAGGAUAAGAAGUUGAAUUGGGAACAUGGAAAUAACCGAGUCUUGAAGAUUGCAGAAAGGGGGAGUUUUUCUGUUGUUUGUAAGUGGGGCAAGACUACAGAGGAGGUGAAGCUGCUGCCUUGGGAGGGGGAAGACGAGCAAGAAGUGGAGGCGAGAGGGAGUGAGAAUGGGAAGAGUGUUGCUUCUGCAGUAGAAGAGGGUGUUGCUGCUAGUUCAUUUGUGGACCAAUGGCAGGGGAAGGAUGUCUCGUUUCAUCGCUCACAGGAUAACCUGGAUGGAGAGAAGAAGAUACGCUGGGAGACUUCGGGUCUCGAAGGAAUUUCGCUCAAGUUGGUUGAAGGUGACCGCAGUGGACGGAACUGGUGGCGGAAGCUUGAAGUUGUUCGAGAGCUUGUGGCUGAAAACAUCGACAGUGAAAAGCGCUUGGAAGCUCUUACAUAUUCAGCAAUAUAUCUGAAGUGGAUAAACACAGGUCAGAUUCCUUGCUUCGAAGAUGGGGGUCAUCAUCGACCAAACAGGCACGCGGAGAUUUCCAGGCUUAUAUUCCGUGACCUGGAACGAAUCUCCAGCAGGAAAGACACUUCACUUCAGGAGCUUCUCGUUAUCCGCAAGAUUCAUCCUUGCUUGCCGUCUUUCAAGGCAGAGUUCACAGCAUCUGUUCCCCUAACGAGGAUUCGAGACAUUGCUCACAGGAAUGACAUCCCUCAUGACCUCAAGCAAGAAAUCAAGCAUACGAUACAAAACAAGCUUCAUCGAUGUGCGGGCCCUGAGGAUUUAGUUGCCACAGAGGCAAUGCUUGCGAGAAUCACGAAGAAUCCCGGACAAUAUAAUGAAGCUUUUGUUCAGCAGUUCAAGAUAUUCCAUCAAGAGCUUAAAGAUUUUUUCAACGCUGGAAGUCUGGAAGAACAGCUGGAAUCAAUCAAAGAUUCACUGGGUCAGAGCUCAGCCCUACCUCAGUUUUUAGAAUCUAAAAAGGCACUGGAUAAUAUCAGUACAAAUGAUAUUUCUAAAACUGAAUGGAUAAGAGUAUUGAUGAAAACUAUACAAUCUUUGGACAAUCUCCGCCAAGAAAUCGCAAAGGGUCUUGAUAGCGGGCUUAGAAACGACGCCCCUGAUGCUGCAAUAGCAAUGCGGCAAAAGUGGCGGCUAUGCGAGAUUGGACUUGAAGACUAUUCGUUUGUUCUUCUAAGCAGGUUUGUCAAUGCACUCGAAGCUGUUGGUGGGGCCCACUGGCUUGCGGAGAGUGUAGAACAAAAGAAUGCUACUUCUUGGAGCGAGCCACUCAAUGCUCUAGUCGCCAGCAUACAUCAGUUGGGCGUAUCAGGAUGGAAGCCCGACGAGUGCAAAGCUAUAGGAAACGAGCUUAUAGCUUGGCAAAAUAGAGGUCUUCUGGAAACCGAAGGCAGCGAAAAUGGUAUGAGAAUAUGGGGUUUGAGGCUUAAAGCUACACUUGAUAGAGCUAAGAGACUAACUGAAGAAUACUCUGAGGCACUUCUUAAUGUAUUCCCUGAAAGAGUUCAGACGUUGGGAAACGCCUUUGGAGUUCCUGAUAACACAGUUAGGACGUAUGCUGAAGCUGAGAUCCGUGCUGGUGUGAUUUUUCAGGUUUCCAAACUGUGCACCCUUCUUCUGAAGGCUGUUAGGAACGUUCUCGGGUCUCAGGGGUGGGAUAUUCUUGUACCGGGAGAUGCUGUUGGAACCCUCAUCCAGGUGGAGAGCAUCGUUCCUGGGUCGAUACCAUCAUCUGUAACGGGACCUGUUAUUCUAGUCGUAAACAGAGCUGAUGGAGAUGAAGAGGUAACAGCUGCUGGAGCUAAUAUUACCGGAGUCAUCCUUAUGCAGGAGCUGCCUCAUUUAUCUCAUCUUGGUGUCCGAGCGCGGCAAGAAAGGGUUGUUUUUGUGACCUGUGAAGAUGAUGAGAAAGUUUCUGAUAUCAGAAAUCUUAGUGGGAAAUUUGUGAGGUUGGAAGCGUCGCCUGCAGGGGUCAGCUUGGCUCAAGCUUCAGCAGAGAGCAACAACGGUAACAUUCCAGUGGGAAAUAAACCAACUGAUGUUUCCUUCAAGGCAGAACAAAACAGCACGUCCUCGGAUACAGAGACUACAUCAGACAUCAAUACGGGUAUGUCGUCUGGAGGUGUUAUAGCGAUUGAGGAUGCUAAAGUUCAAGAUUCCGGUGCAAAGGCUGCAUCGUGUGGUCGCCUAGCUUCGUUGGCUGCUGCUUCGAACAAAGUAUAUAAUGAAGGAGGAGUUCCUGCGUCGUUCAACACCCCGAAGGGAGCGGUGAUCCCGUUCCGUUCCAUGGAACUGGCCUUGGAACGCAACGGGUCAAUGGAGACCUAUGUCUCACUUCUCGAGAGCAUAGAAACGGCUGAGAUCGACGGAGAGCUCGACCGGCUGUGUAACCAGCUGCAGGAGCUCAUUUCUUCUUUGAAUCCUUCGAAAGAAACCAUCGAAACCAUAUCGAAACUAUUUCCGGAUAGCGCGCGGCUGAUAGUCCGUUCGAGUGCUAAUGUCGAGGACUUGGCUGGGAUGUCGGCUGCGGGGCUGUACGAGUCGAUCCCGAAUGUUAGCCCGUCUAAUCCGAUCGUCUUUGGACACGCCAUCGGCCGUGUCUGGGCAUCGCUCUACACCCGCAGAGCCGUGCUGAGCCGCAGAGCAGCCGGCGUGCCGCAGGACCAAGCCGUGAUGGCGGUACUGGUGCAGGAAAUGCUCUCGCCGGACCUCUCGUUUGUGCUCCACACGGUCAGCCCGACGGACAAGAACAAGGACGUAGUCGAGGCGGAGAUCGCCCCGGGGCUCGGGGAAACCCUAGCUUCGGGCACGAGGGGCACACCGUGGAGGCUCGCCUCCGGGAAGUUUGACGGGGUGGUGCAGACGCUGGCGUUCGCCAACUUCAGCGAGGAGAUGGUGGUGCGCAGCGGCGGCCCCGUCGAUGGGGAGGUCAUAAAGCUGACGGUGGACUACAGCAAGAAGCCCUUGACCAUUGAUCCCAGCUUCCGGCAGCAGCUCGGCCGGAGGCUCGGAGUUGUCGGGUUCUUCCUCGAGCAGAAGUUCGACGGCCCACAGGACAUCGAAGGGUGUUUGGUCGGGAAAGAUAUCUACAUCGUGCAGACACGUCCGCAGCCGCUCUAAGGGCUGUCGGAUCGGAUGCUCGUAAAUUAUCCAUGCUUGUCACGUGUAUAAUUGACAAUACAAGAUCUUAAAUAAUACUACUAUGAUAAGAGGGUAGAAGUUGGAAAAUAUGCUUGGAUGAAGAAUAAAUGUGAGAUGGAAAUUAGUAGAAAAACUUCACUUAUUUGAGUGGCAAUUUCCAUGGCCAUACUAAUAUUUUAUAUGUUUGUUUCAAAUAAUUUUAAUCUUACUUGAAAGUUACAGUGAAAUAAAUGGCAACGUGUCUUGUAUUUUA